GGUGGUGCUCAGCAUUUGCAUCGCAUGAAGAGAAAAGUUCAUGCUGAGCAAAUAUUUGUUAUCAAGAAAGAGAGCGGGAUUGUGGGAUUUGAAUAAGCAGUUUGUCGACCAAGGGCCUAAAGAGAGGCAGCAUGGAGGCUCCUUUGGUGUUUCUCCUCAUCAUAUCAGUGUUGUCCUGUGCACCAGAUGACGUGCACAGCCAGGGUUUAUCCGCCUCUGAGAACCCAAUACCUGUGGGUAGAAAUGUUACGCUUUCCAGCCUAAACCAAGUCACCACAGGAGCAUGGCUCUUCAACAAUAACAUCAUUGUCAUAAUAUUCCCUGGAAAUGCUGUCGUAGCCACGGAAUGGACUGGAAAAGUUACGUAUGAUACGAGCACGUCAUCGUUGACCAUAAUGUCGCUGCAAGUGGAAGAUUCCGGGACGUACACGUUACAAGAUGUGGGCUCUAAUGCUUCUCAAAUAGUGCUGUCAGUCCAAGAGCCAAUCACAGGCGUGACCCUGACCGCAAACGCGAGCCACCUGGUGGAGUUCAAUGACACCGCGGUGCUCACCUGUGCCGUUUCCACGGGCACGUCCCUGUCCUUUACGUGGCUAAACGACACAUCCGAGUUGACAGCCGACGGAAACGUUCAAAUCAGUGAGGACGGAUCUCAGCUGACCAUCGCUGAAGUAACCCGCUACGACCAGGGCCCGUUCAAGUGCAACGUGUUCAACGGCAUCAGCCAGGGAAUCGAUCAACAAGUCUCUUUUGACAUCAGCUACGGUCCGACAAACCCGAAAGUGUCAGUCACCCCCUUAAAGGACACCCAUAUCACGGGGUCUGACAUCACCCUGUCAUGCUCGGCCGAGUCCAAACCCGACGCAACAAUCCAGUGGCUGGUAGACGGUGUGAGCAUCAACCAUUCCGACCCACAGCUUCAACUCACCAACGUCACAGAGACCCACUCGGGGGACUACCAGUGUCUCCUCCAUAACAGCGUCACAUCCAGAUUCAUCAGUGCAACCGCGAUGAUCAGCAUCAUGGCACCGAUAACAGCAGUCAUGGUCAACCGCACCGGCGGACCGGCAAUCGCCGAUGAGCUCUUCACCCUCAUGUGUCACGUGACCGGCGACUUCCACCUCAUCCAGUGGUGGAUGAACGGUGACCUGGUGUCUGCUGACAAUACCACAGUGUUUGCUAUGGGCAACAAGACGCUGACUCUCAGCCCAGCCCAGCCCUCAGAUGCCGGAGAUUAUCAGUGCCGGGCUUAUAACGCCGUGAGCAACAUGACCAGCAGCCCCUACACUGUGGAAGUCUACUACGGCCCAUCGAUGCCAGUGAUCACGGCACCCUCCUUGGCCCUGAGCGAGACACAGGUGGUCCUCAACUGCUCCAGCACCUCCCACCCUCCAAGCCAGCACACGUGGUCCUUCAACAACACUGUGGUGGCCAACGCCUCAGAGUAUCAGGCGGGACCGCUGCACUUGAACAUGAGCGGGACGUACACCUGCACGGCCUCCAACAGCAUCACGGGGAAAAACAGCACGGCAGACCACAUGCUCACUGUUUUGGAUCCAGUGACAAUGGCUUCCGUAACAACCACGGAGCCUCAUCCGAUCCUGAACCACACGUUCACGCUAACCUGCGAAACAAAAGGGAACGUGGACUCCAUCACCUGGAUGCACAACGGCACCAUAUUAUUGUCUGACGGCGUGAGAAACCUCACCAUGGACAACACCACCCUCACCUUUGACCCCAUCCUGAUGUCCCAUAACGGGAAUUACACCUGUGUCGCUUCCAACCCACUCAGCAGCUUCAUGAGUGAACAUUUCAACAUGGCUGUCAUAUAUGGACCCGGACCGCCAACCAUCAUGGGGGACAGUGUGGCGCUAGUACAAAGCAGCGUGGCGCUCAUCUGUAGCGCCCCAUCACGCCCCCCUAGUGACUACAAAUGGUAUUUUAACAACAACAUAGUGGCUAAUACCUCAGUGUACCAAACGCCUCCUCUUACCACUAACAUGAGUGGAACGUACACCUGCAAGGCCCAAAACGCCAUCACUGGCUACAACAGCACCGCCUCCACUACACUCACAGUUUUCGACAAACUAAAAGACAUCGACAUCGAGGCGCCUAUGAAAGCUGCCAUAGAAGGUUAUUCCUUCACAUUAACAUGCAACGUAUCCGGACCUGCUCAUCAAGUGGUCUGGAUGAAGAAUGGACUCAACCUGACGACGGAGAGCAGAAUCAUGCUCUCGAUGGAUAACAUCACCGUCACCUUUGACCCUCUGCACAGAAAUGAUAGCGGACUGUACAACUGCUUGGCUAUGAAUCCCGUUGAAAGUAUGGCAAGCCCUUCUCAUUUGCUUCUUGUCAACUUUGGACCAGACACACCUAUGAUCGAUGGACCAUCACUGGCUGUGGAGGGGCAAUCUAUAAACUUCACCUGCUCCGUCAUGACCAUGCCCGACAGUGAUUUCUACUGGUUGCACAACGGCUCCAUAGUAGCCAAUAGCUCCAUGUUAGUGUUAGGUAAUGUAUCUAUGGACAUGAAAGGAGAAUACACCUGCAAGGCCAAAAAUCCCGUCACCGGAAUGAACAGCACAAAGUCGCUGAUGCUCAAGGUCAAUGACGCUAUUAGCUCGGUGAUGGUGACAAACGACUCCAUCCCCAUUGACGGCAACAACUUCACCCUCACCUGCGAGGUGGAUGCACCUUAUGACUCGAUACAGUGGAAAAAGGACGACGUGCUCCUUGGAAUGAACAUGUCCACCACCAACUACUCUUACUACUACAUGGAGAAAAACAAGCUGCACUUCACACCGCUGAUGCUCCACAACAACGGCACUUACAAGUGUGUCGCCAGAAACCUGAUUGGUCCUCACCAAAGCCCUGCGUACGAGCUUCUGGUGAACUACGGUCCCCUCAGCGUGGAAAUCUCGGGUCCAGAAUUCAACCGAGAAGAACUCACUUUCUCCAUGAAGUGUGUGGCCGAUUCGUAUCCAGAACCAGAGUUCCAGUGGUUCUUAAAUGAUCUACCGUCAUCGGCCAUCGGUGUCGGCAGCAUCAUCCAGAUCUCGGUAUCGCUGCUAAUCGAGGCUAACUAUACAUGCAAGGCCACAAACCCUGUGACUAACAUCACUAUGUCAAAGACCAAAACCUUUAGCCUCACUGGUUCCGCCAAUGCCAUUCCUUCCCUAUCCCAAAAAGGCCUUAUGAUCAUGGGUGUUUUUAUCCUAUCAGCCCCAGUCCUUUUCCAGUGAAUGCUUCCAAGCCAAAACCCAGAUUACCUGAAAUAGUUUUGAACUUUGUACUAAAACAAGAUGGGAAAGUUGUUAUGGAAAAUGGAGGAAAACCAUGCAAUGUGAUGAUGGAAAUAGGAAAAGUUGGCUGCCCGAUACUAAUAUGUGCAAUACAAUUUUCAUGAAAUAUCAACUACACAAAUUCAUGUUAUCAAUCAGAACUCACUGUACAACACUUAUUAAUUCAAUACCUAUAGGACACUACCAGAGGACACCUAUUCCUUCUCUGUUCUUUAUCAGGUAUCAUCAAUGGCUGAGUAUUUUUGCUUUAUUUUAGUUUUAUUAUACAGUUGUUAACUUCGAUAUUAAUAUAACAGUUGAUAAUGUUAGUCUCGCUUACAACAUAAAUCUACUUUACAGUAAUCCCUCGCCACUUUGCGCUUGUUCUAUCACAGUUUUAUAAAAAAAUAUAUAUUAAUGAAUAAAUUAUGCUGUUUUGUGGUUGAAUUAAUUGAGUCAAAAAUAGGCAUAUUUAAGCAAACUUUAAGUAUCAGUUGCUCAAAUUAAAAAUGAAUUAAAAUACAUAUAUGAGGCAAAACAGGGCUGCACGGUAGUUGAGUGGUUAGCGCUCAGGCCACACAGCUAGGAGACCCGAGUUCGAUUCCACCCUCUGCCAUCUCUGUGUGGAGUUUGCAUGUUCUCCCCGUGCAUGCGUCUAUAUGUGCACUGUGAUUGGCUGGCGACCAGUCCAGGGGUGUACCCCGCCUCUCGCCUGAAGACAGCUGGGAUAGGCUCCAGCACCACCGCAACCCUUGUGAUGAUAAGCGGUAGAAAAUGAAUUAAUGAAUAUAAGGCAAAACUAACACAAACUAAUUCCAAGAUGGGAUGAUGUGUAGUAUUCUACACUGGUCUCUUGGUGUCAAAAAUGUUACUGAAAUGUUCAGUGAGACACACAAGCACCAGACUUGAUAAGCAGAACAACAGCCUUUAUUGCAGGUUUGAAUUAUCUAUUGAAUUAUCACACUAAUCCCUAAUUAAAAUCCCAAAUAAAAACAUAGGACAGCGUUUCUGCCGUAACCCAUGCCAAGCUAAAACUCAACUCUGAAUCCCCAACGUCACUUCCUGUCUGCCCCCAACUCAUUUCCAGUCAGAUCUGGAACCAUUUAACCAUGAUGAACAAGGGAUUACUGUAUUUCAUUAGAAGCAUCAAGCCUUCCAUUUUAGAGUUUCGCCAUGUUUAAUUUGUAGUCACCAGCUAAUUCUUAGUUAGCAUUUUAACACUGCAAUGAUGACACACAGUGUUAAUUAUUUUUCUCACAAAAUAUGUUGUGAUUAUUGCUAUGACUGCACUGGAACACUAUAGCCUUUUUAAAAAAAAAAAAAAAAAACGUUUGUAUGAAAGGCACCAACACCAAAUAGUGGGACAAGGUCAGUGAGAUGUUCCACCUUCGGAGGUAGUAUCGGAAGAGAACGUAAGAGAACCUGGGGAUGUGAGGGACACAGGUCAAAGGUCAGCUUCCACUUUCUCUUCUUUCUGAAUUGUGUACCUAAUAACUCUGAGGUUGACUUUUUUUUCAUGUUUGUUGACACAAAUUAACAGCACUUUUAUUUCACAUUGUCUGUGCUAAUUUAUAUUUUUUACCCUUUCAUUACCCUAAGGGCAGAGGUCCAGCUGCACCCGCCCCCCCUCUCUAUACUUCUUUGGUUUCAUCCACAUCACUUGGUGGAUGUUUGAUCCCAUGUAGGGCCGUAUCACACCUGUAGAGGGCGCCCAUCUACCACACAUACAGUAUGUGCUGGCUUAAUGCACUGAGCAUUAAUAUUUUUUUUUCUCCCCUGCCCCUGGUGAAUGCAGCCCUGGGUAAUUAAUUGCCCAUGAGGACUAUACUUAGAACCACCACUGGUAUGGGAAUUCUGUUUCUGUAUAAAAAGCACAGGCGGAUUGUUGCCAGAUCUUUUCUUCGGGCUCUGAUGUUAAUGAUCAUUUAGAUGGAUCGUUGUGGGAUAGGCUACAAAAAAUUAUGAAAAUAUAGUUUUGGCAAUUGAAAACAAGAAACUCUUACUACUUGCACUUGUGAGAUUAAUUUUUUAUUGUAAUAGAAAUGUAGGAUUGUUUAUUGUGAUUUGAUUUGUAUUUAUUUCUUAAUCAAUAAAACCUCAACGUUUGGCCAUUA